AUGGGUUUACUUGGAAAAGGGGUGGUAGUGCGAACUGCAGAGUCUUCAGAGGGGAAACGUCUCCACCAGUAUGGUUGUACUCUUCUGGCUUGGUUUCUACCAAAUCCUGCCAUUCGCCGACUCAACCACAUAAGAGGCAGUGAUUUGGUAGAUCGGGGUUGGGAUUGGUUGUGCUCCGUGUUUGAACUGAUUUUGAUGUUUUUUCCGAGCAGAGCCGAUUCAGGGAAAAGCAUGUUGAGUGUGCACACUACCUUCAUGCAUGGCUGGCUCACAAAACUUGUAAGGCAAGGACAACUCAAGCCUCAGUUAAGCACUACAUGGGCUAUAUGUCCAGAAAUGGAAGUGAAAACCGCUAAGGCAUUGGAUAGGAUUGCACUUAAAUUGAAGAGAAAGCGAGCUACCCAAUAUGCUGCACAUAUGUGUGGAGCUUCACAACCAACAGACGGGGUUGUCAAACGGAUAAAAUUGGGUGAAUAUAGAAAAAAGAUUGCAAAUGCUGGUUCACAUAUUGGGAAGUCCUUGAGUAACCGCUUUUUAAGUUAUAAGAAGAGUGGGAGACCAACACAACUGAUGUUCUAUAAGGAUGGUGAGUGGGUGGACUUUCCUAACAAUAUUCUUGACUUGGUUAGGAAAGAUCUUGAAAUAAAGAAGUCGGUUGUGGAGGUGGAGUUAAAUGGGUAUCAUAUGGUGUUAAAUUUUUUCCAUAUGUAUAAGUUGGACUUGAAAACUGGUUUGCAACAACCAAUGGCUUGGAUUGAUGAAGCAGGAGGCUGCUUUUUCCCUGAGGUCUAUGCUGCUUAUGAUGAAGAGCCUUAUAAUCUCUACAAACAGUACAGUGGUAAAAGUACAGAAUCGUAUGAUUCCAAUGAAAUAAAAUUACAGUUAGAAAUUGAAAUAAAUGGGCUGGAUCAGUGGAAGUUGAGGGAGUGUAGUGAGGAGUCCAAUUCUUUGGUUAAGGGUAUUAGAAUUGAUACUAAACAAGACUGUUGUCCAUAUGAUGUAGAAGUAGAAAAUAGUAUUAACAAAAAGGACUGUGAAAUUGUUGGUGAAUCUAUACAGCAAAAUCAAGACAUAGAUUUAGAUGCCUAUACUGAAUCUGUAUAUGGAAAGUUGGAUUUGGAUUCUGUACAGAAGAUGUUUCUUAACGGAAUGAACAACAAUGGCAUUACUAAUUCUCACAUUGUUGGGAUUGACCAGUGCUCAGGUGCUUCAAUGCAAUCACGAUGGGAGCUAUUCCAGAAGCAAGCUGAAAUUACCAAAAAUUGUCGUGGGGAUGCUAAUAUUCAGUAUGCUUGGCUUGCUUCUUCUAAAGGAGAACUGUCUACAAUGAUGGAGUAUGGGCUUGGCCACUGUAGACUAUCUGCAUCAAAAUGCACAUAUGGCAAUGGUGUUAAUCUUGCAGCUGUUAACUGCCCUGGCACCAGUGCACGUUAUUGUGAUGUUGACGAAAAUGGGGGUCGUUAUUUGGUCCUUUGUCGUGUUAUAAUGGGGAACAUGGAGAUUCUCCGUCCUGGCACUGGUCAGUUCCAACCCAGCAGCUGUGAAUAUGAUAAUGGUGUGGAUGACAUUCAAUGCCCGAGAAAUUAUGUGGUGUGGACUAUGAACAUGAACACCCACAUCUAUCCAGAAUUUGUUGUUAGCUUCAAGGUGUCUUUUGAUGCUGAAGGCCUUUUUCGAGGAACUGAAAGGAAGAAUAAUGUUUCUGGGGUUAAGACAGCCUGUCAUGACACAAAAGGACUGUUACAGUUAGACACUUGUGCUGUAGUUAAGGGAACAGCUGCCCCAAGAGGUCCAACAUCUCCUUGGUUGCCUUUUCCUUUGCUUUUUGCUGCUAUCAGAAACAAGGUUCCUCCUAAGGAUAUGGAACUUCUCAGAAGACAUUAUGAACAGUUUAGGUCAAAGCAGAUAUCCCGGGGUGAUUUUGUGAAGAUGCUGAGGUUAAUAGCUGGCGAUCCUCUACUGAAACUUGCAAUGACACAACUUCAAUUGAAGAUACAAUCCAAUGUUGAAUCGAUAGACUCAAACAAGAUGGAUAUAUCCUGA